AGUUUGGUUGGUGGAGUGAGGAGGUGGUGGAGGAGUGAGGAGGAGCUGGUGGUGGUCAAGUGAGGAGGAGGAGUGAGUUUGGUUGGUGUAGUGAGAAGGCGGUGGAUGGAUGAGUGAGGUAAAAAAACAGGUGGAGGAGGUUAGUUUGGUGUAGUGAGGAGGCGGCGGCGGUCGUGGUGGUGGACGAGUGACUGAGUGAGGAGGAGCUGGAGGGAGGCUAUCUGACCGGCGUGAAGAUGGCCGAGGAGGAGGAGGAGGCGGGGGAGGAGGAGGAGGAGAACGAGAAGAAGGAGGACUCUAAGUUGGCGGCGGCCGCCGCCUGCAUCGUGGCGGCCGCCUACCUGGGCGAGAAGCGUCAGCAGAGCCGUCAGCAGAGCCGCGGCUGGCCGCUGCGUCGCCCCGAGCGGCGGAGCUGCGGCAACGGCGGCCGCGUGAGGUCCGUGUGGGACGCCAGCCAGGAGGUCUUCCUCAUCGAAUGGUUCCACGAUCACCGGUUCAUGUGGGAUCCUUCGAACCCAGAUUAUUUCAAGAGGGACAAACGCAACAGAAAAAUGAAUGAACUCUGCGAGCAGCUGGGUGGUGAUGCCCACGGGGUACCCUUUACAGGGGAAGAGAUCAAGUUUAAAUGGAAGAACUUGCGGAGCAUCUAUUUCAGAGAGGUGAAGAAGGUGGAGGAUGCGGACCGGAUGGGAAGUGGCCGAUCAAACGGAUACUACCCCAAGUGGCAUCACUUUGAGCGGCUCGGCUUCUUGCGAGAGGCUAUGCAGUCGCGGUGCGGACGGUACACCUUCAACCAGUCGGCGCUGGACAAAUUUGUUACCGACGCUCCCACGCCCGCCGCGCCCUCGCCCAACACGCCGUCGUCGCCGGCGCGCUCGCCCACGGAGCUGGCCGCGUCGCUGCAGGCGAUGCCCUCGCCCUGCCCGCCCUGGGCCUCGCCCUCGGCGCAGAGCAUGAGCGGCACGAGCUGCCUGUCGGACGAGGACACCAAACCCCUGAGCUGCGUGCGGCAGCUGCACAACGACGGGCUCGUCGGCGGGGGCGGCAGCGUGGGAGGCGGAGGCGAUGUCGGCGGCGAUGGCGGUGGACUCGGAGGUGGAGCGGGAGGCCGGGGAAUUGGAGGCGGCGGGGGGGUGGGAGUUGGGAGCGUCCGCGCCGAGCAGCUUCUGAACACGGCCAUGACGCACCUCGGCGCGUCGCGCCGGGGGACGGAGAGCGCCGACGACAUUUUCGGGAAGUACAUCGCCAUGUCGCUGCGCGAGUUGCCGCCGCGGAAAAGGGAGCGGGCGCGACUGGCGCUGCACAAGACGCUGCACGACAUCGCCGUCAGCGACGAUUAGCGGCCGCCAAACGCCCCCCCUACCUCCCCCCCCCCCGCACGGGAUCGUCGCGACGUACCGCGGAAGAGGGCGGUCAGAUUCUUCUUUUUGUGUGAACAAGGUGGGCCUGCGGAAAGCCGCCAGUCGGGGACGGCCUUACUGGGUCCCGUUUACCCUUCGCAGCGGCGUCGCUUAAAUGGGCUCUCGCAUUUUGUUCGUCCAGGCUCGGGACGUCGAUUCGGUCAAGUGAAGGUGCUAGAGACUUGAUUUUAGCGAGUGGACAUUUGGACGUGGAUUUUAUCACUGUGUAGCAUGUAAGCGCAGAAGAGUCUGCUAAUAGAAAUUAAACUUAGAAAAAGGAAGCCACGUGGUUUUCUACAUUAAUCAAUUUGAAAUCAACUUUUGGUAUUUAUUCAACACCGACAUGCGCGACUGAACCAUUUUUCUGAGUCUGCAUUUGAACAUUAAUAUGUAUUAGUACAUCAGCCUAUUUGCUUUCCAGACCAACAUUAUCGAGCAGCAUUUGUUUAAGCAAGAAAAACUAUGGACAGAUGUCGAUGUUCAGUCACAUCAGCAGUCAGGCUUGUUAAACAUGCUGCUGGAUUACCAGAUGGUAUUGGUGACAUCACUCCAGAUAAAAUACGUGACCCCAUUCAAUGCAAAAAGCAACAACAACUGCCGUUCGCCAUUCAGUAGCCAUGACAUCACCACGGUGCUUUUUUCCAGGAUAAGUAAUCUGUAAAGGCUCGCAGGCAGGUCAUGGGACAGACCCAGCUGCCAUGGGUUGACUUACUGGGAUGACUGACAAUUGCACCUCUUGUGCUCUCCACUGUGCCAGCUUGCCGCGUUUUAGCCGCCAGACGCUCAGCUCGUCGCAAGCGUCACGCCUCCACCCUCUGUUGUUGCUGGAGGGCGGUUGCGUUCAACUGCCCAGCCGCAUCCUUCACCAGCCUUCUCCACGGAGGCCCGAUCUUGACAGGUGGUGCCCACCGUCGGCAAGUCCAAUCAGUUCCGCAUCUUUCUGUACCGCAUCAGUCCAUCUCUUCUCAAGCCCAUGCCAUGCCGGUUUAGCCCCUUCUAUCCGGCCAAAGAGACGCUGCUUGGGUAUACGGUGGCUAGGCAUGCUGGCUACAUGAUCCAGCCAACGCAGCCUUGCCUGCCGGAGGAGCUCACUUAUGGGACUGUGUCCAGAUCGUUCGAGGAUCUGUGAGCUCCUCACACAAUCCAGCCUGGUUAAACCUAGGAUGGAUCGUAGGCAGGCCAGCCUGGAACGUUUCAAACCGGUGCAGAUGUUCCUGUAAGGUGCUCUGUGUUUCGCAAACAAUAGAGAAGGGUGGGUAUAACUGUGGCCGCCGGGAAGACCCAGACUUACAUUACUCUCUCAGCCUCCCUCUAUGGUACACACACAAUGCUAAAUUAAAUACCCUACACACUCAUGUGUUGCCAUAGCGAAGGUCAAAACCGGUCUGGAAAGCCAAUCGGCCUCUGGACUAACAUUUUUAUCCUGUAUGUGGAGACACUCAAUGGAGUUAGGCUUAUUUAUAUUUUUCCAUGAUCAUUCAGCCCCCCCUCCCGGUAGUUAAUACAGCAGAUUACCAAAGCACACCGAUAGCUGUAACGUAGACGGUAACAACCUCUGUGAAGUAUUUUGCAAGAGCAGACCAUUGCACACCCUUAUGAUCUGCGGCAAUCUUUGUAAAUAACCUGCAAAUUGUAAAACAAAAUAUACAAUACGUCUAACUCUGGAUAGCCAGAUAUCUUGAAAAAACUGUGUUCUAUUUGUUUGCUUAAUUGAUGAAGUAAUACAAAUUUGUUUAUCGUUAGAAGAUGUGCUGCUUAGCUGCGUCUACAUACGUGGGUGCGAUGACAACGUCACCCGGAAUGUGCCCAGUCUCACUAGAUCUCGGAAGCUAAGCAGGGUAGAGGCUGGUUUAGUUUGGGGGUGGGUGACCGCCACGCACAGCCGGUUGCGAUAGGUUGCUGCGGGGCUAUGUGGUGGCCAGCGGAGGGCAUUGCGGCAAAUUCAUUUGUUGGCAUGUGCUUCCUACGUUUCCACAUCUGUGCUUCCCCCACCUUCAACUUGCGCUGACCGCCACGGCGAAGUAUGGCGAAACAAAACCUAUAACCCCGACGGCGUAGGGAGGCCCUCGUCCAGCAGUGAAUUGACAAAAGGGCUGUACGUUCACAUUUUGCAAAUGUGAGCUCCCAUUUAAUUUGACUAUUCGACCGCUUCUGGAUUAUGUGACUCUAGUGGGGGGGGGAGAGAAUAUUGUCAGCAAAACCUAGAGAAAUGUUUGUAUGUUUUUUGUAAUAUUUAACAAAUAGUACCUGUCCAUUUUAGCAUAUGAAGUUUAUACAAUUGUAUUGAGCACUGUUUAUUGUAAGUAACAAAAAAUCUCCACGAGCUCAUUCACCAAAUAACAUAUACACUAGCCUCCUUAAUAAUAAUACAUAUUCCCAGCACUCAGUGUUAUCCAGGUGAGAUUCACGUAGAAACUGUCAAGAAAAUUCUCACAAAUCUGAUCAGAACACCAUUAAUAACCCUAAAGUGUAGCCGAUGUCAUCUGCUUUCGGAAACAAAAGUUGGUUGUGCCUGGCUCGCCCUUCGAUGGGUGGCCACCAAGAGAUGGAAAGUAUGAGACGGCGAGGAGGCCGGGAGGGGAGCCGUGGUGUAGCGGUUAACGCGCCGCGCUACGAACCCGGCGACUCGAGUUUGAUUCCGUCUCGUGGCCAACACCAGUGACGAUUGUCUGGAACUGGUCCUGAGCCCUCUGCUACGUCGACUCGGCGUCAAAUGAGGACCUGGUGUGGUGUGUAAACAUCCGUUACUCGGGAGGCAAAGGCAGCCGUGUGUGCUGCUGGCCACCAAGCCCCUCGUGUGCCGUGCCGGCUUUAAUAGGUGCUCGCUAACAGCGCUUUGCCCAACGGUCUGUUCAGGCUAUGAGGGGGAUAUUUUUCUUUUGGUGGCCAGGAGGUGGUAGCAUUGAGUGCUAUUCGUGGGUUUUUCCCCGUGUAUUCCCAAUUUCCUCCCAUAUGGCAACCCCUUGUAUUUGACCGAACAUCCAACGCAGGAUGCUGCUAACAAAAAUGUUUUGAGGCUUGUUGCAGAUAUUCUGCGUAAUUGAUUGGUGUUAUUUUUUUUUACUACAUUUUAAAUAUCUGCAUGAACCGUCCGAUUCGGUUCAAAAGUGUUAAAAAAAAUAAUGCUUUGUGUUGCACCACACACUACCGCCACAGUCACAAGUAUUGAGGAGCGGCGUGCCAGACAGACAUAUCUCUAGCCACACUGAAGAUACAAGGUCAGCACUGCUCAGAAUAUGUUAUGAUUCCCCGUACAGAUUUUUCUGGCGAUCCACAUUUAAAACGCGUGUAUUUUUUUUGCGGUCUAUACUUGAGAAAUUUUAUAAAAAAUAACUAAUUGGUUACCCGAUUAUACUCGUUCCGUGGUUCAGAACAAUUUAAUUAAUAUGGGAAUUGAUUUAGUGAGUAGUGUCGACUUGGCUGAUGUGCGAAGAAGUGGAUUCCUCACCCCACGUUUGCCCGAAGCAUUCCUUAAAAUUUAUUUUGUGGAUCAUGUCAUCAAAUUGGCAAAUUGUGAUUGGUCCGAGGUGAGCGUGAUUUACUACUCUCUGCGUUUGUCUCAUCGUCCUUCUGAUGUUUGGCCACGUUCAGGUAAGCGAGUGAUCACCGCUUAGUUCUGGGUAUCUGAUGCUCGUGCCGUUGAAACGAUAACGUAACGUGCGACUGUGUGUAACCCCCGUGAUUUUACGUGGCACAUGUCAUGUGACGGGUACUGCAAGAUCCGACCGUGUCUGUCCAGUGCCUCUGAGCUGCAUUUGUUUCCGGUUUGCUGAAAGAAUACGUUAUAAGGUCGCACUCAUUACGCACAAAGAGCUUGCCACAAAUGAACCGGAAUACCUUGCCGAUCUCGUCAAAGUGCAUAAACCAUCACAGAAACUCUGGUCAUCCUCGCGUCGGCUUUUGGCGAAUCAUCAAACAAAGACGGUCACCGCAUCGCGCGCUUUCAAAUGCGCUUCUGCGGCCGUCUGGAACGCUCUUCUGAUAUUAGGAAGCCACUUGAGCUAUGCACUUUUAAAUAUGAAUUGAAAACUUAAUUUCGUUAGAACUGCUUUUUGUGUUUAGUUUAUUCCCCCCCCGCACCUCUGAUAAGCACGGGUGGCUACGUACGGUGCGAAAGAAGUUCCACAUGGCUAACACCAGUAAUGGUUCUCAAGCUAUGGACAUUAAAGAACGGAGCAUCGGAUCAAUUCCACGGAAGUCAUUUUCAUUAUUAAACCUGUCAUGAAGAAAUAAUGCCUUGAACGGACACCCGUGAAUAUGACUCGCGUGGUUGAAUGCCAUCCACCACGUGACUAUACGUUUAGAGGCCUUACAAUGUAAUCUCUUGCCUGGCGUGUGAGAGUUCGGAAUGGCAACACGAAUGCUGUUAAUAAAAUUAGCAGUCUUGUGCUACUUUACCAUUACCAGAAAAUAACGUAUCAAAACAAAUGGUCACUUCAUUGCCAGAUGUUGUCGACAAGCUACGUCAUUUUACAUUUCACUAAUUGCAAUAAACUUGCAUUUGCGCAAUAUUACGAA